AUGGCCGCUGAACAAGGUUUCUUUCAGCAUUAUUUUACGACCUACCGACGACCUACUCGACGCUCGCUUGUCGCGCCUUUCAACCUCUGGAAGAGGUCAAAAUCGACACGGAACUCGAUUAAAUCCACAGCUGAAGCCGUGUCUACGCGCACUUCGACGGAUAUGGAUUCACAACCAAGUCUGACGAAUGGCUCGUCGAACCACCACGAUUCGCCACCAGCGGAGCCGACAUCCUCGUUCGACCCCGACAUAUUUCGACGAUAUUUGGUUGCAUUGCUACCGCCAGUGAUAGGUGCCCAACCAUCGGAUCUCGAGUCGUUGUUCGACGAUGAGUUCAACGAACGGGUGGCUCGAUUUGCUGCCGAAACGGGAGGCGUCAUUUACGUUGUGCAAGUUAAGGAAGAGAGUGAAGACGACUCAACGCCCAUUUACACUUAUCACCUCACGUCACUGCUCACCUACCACCCCUCACACCUAACCACAUUAGCACUGAUCAAACGCGGACCUACACUCGACCCACUGACGCCACUUGCAUCCCAACUUCACUUUUUGAACUUGUUUGGAGGGGAGGAGACACCAUACGAGAGCUUGCACGCUGUCGUGAGCUGUGGAGUGAAACCAUGGUUCGAUGCUUUCGUCGGGGCUCGAGGUACAGGGAAGGAUGGCGACACGAAAAUGGGUAUCCCAAUGACGAAGAAGAAGUUCGCUGAGCUAGAGCUAUCUUUACUACAUCUACAGCAAAAUGUCGAGAUCCCAGAAACACACCUCAUCAUCCACCCUGUCAUCCAACGAGCCGUCGAGCAAGCUACCGCCGCCGGAACACGACCUAAUAUCUCACAUAUCCCUGCCAAGCUGCUAAACGACAGUUCAUUCCUCAAUACGCUACAUGGCCAUGUCAAUGCGUGGAUCAAGUCUAUCCAAUCCGUCACGAAGCUAACAAGAGAUGUUUCGUCGGGAACAGCGUCGCAGGAGAUCAACUUUUGGUUAAGUUUGGAGAGGGCACUGGAAGGCAUCGAGAACCAGCUGCGGAGCGAGGAGGUCAACAUGGUCAUGGACUGCCUACGAAACGCGAAACGGUUCCAUGCCACCGUCAGCUUCAUCGCAGACACAGGUUUGAAGGAUGCAACAGACUUAGUUCACAAAUACAAUCAGCUAAUGAAAGACUUUCCCCUGAAUGAACUCCUUUCCGCCACCGACCUCGACAAAAUCCAAGAAUCCCUUGUCCUCAUCUUCGGUCACAUCAACCGCAAACUCCGCCUCUCACCCUACCCCAUCCGCCGAGCCCUACCCCUUGUUGAAGCCAUCUCGCGUGACUUCAACGACCAACUUCUUCGCAUCCUCACCUCACACCGACUUCCAUACACACCAUACGACACCUUCGAGCGGCUUCUAUCACAAACGACGAACAUCUUCCGGACAUGGGACGACCAGAUCAAGGAGUUUACGAACGUCGCACGCGAGGUGACAAGGAAACGGAACGAGAAAUUCAUCCCGAUCAAAGUCGCCCCCGCUCAUGCGAAGCUGCAGGAGAGGACGCGGUACCUGAGGGACUGGAGGAAGCAGCAUGAGCAGCUGGCUGUGAUGACGGGACCGACGAAGGGUCUGGGGGGUGUUGGGAUGGAAGUAGGUGGGAUGGACAUGGAAGAGGAGGUUAAAGAGGCGUAUGAGGUCGUGAAGAGGAUCGAUGUGCUAGACGUCAGCAUUGAGGGCACGGAGAUUUGGGUGGCAGCUGAGAACGCGUACAACGAGCGGGUGUCAAGAGUGGAGAAUCAAAUCAUUGCACGACUGAGGGACAGGCUGGGUACGGCCCGAAAUGCGAAUGAAAUGUUCCGUGUUUUCUCGAAAUUCAAUGCCCUUUUCGUGCGGCCGAAGAUUCGUGGUGCUAUUCAAGAAUACCAAACUCAACUCAUCGACUCGGUCAAGGAAGACAUCAAGCAUCUACACGAGAAGUUCAAAACCCAAUACCGAUUCUCAGAAGCCUACCACAUGUCCCAAAUGCGCGACCUACCACCAAUAGCAGGAGCCAUCAUCUGGGCCCGACAGAUUGAACGGCAACUCCAAACCUACAUGAAGCGUGUCGAAGACGUGCUGGGUAAAGGUUGGGAGCACUACGCCGAAGGCCAAAAACUCCAAUCCGAAUCUAGCGCCUUCCGUAAAAAGCUGGACACACGGCCGGUGUUCGAGGCAUGGAUGCAGGACAUCAACCGGCGGAACAUGGGCGUCGACGGCCGGCUGUUCGAGAUCGUGCGCCUGCGCGGAGGCGGCUUUCAGCUCGCGGUCAAUUUCGACCCGCAGAUCAUCACCCUCUUCAAGGAGGUGCGCAACCUGCUGUGGCUCAACUUCCAGGUGCCGCAUGCGAUCACGAAUAUGGCGAAAGAUGCGAAGAGGGUGUACCCACAUGCUGUUAGUCUGAUGGAGACGGUCAGGACGUAUGGCCAGACGCUGGAUUUGGUGGAGAAUAAUAAGGGCAUUGAGUGGUUGGUGGCGGAGUAUAGGAAUGAGUCGCAGAGAAUGAUCAGCAAAGGCAUGAACAUCCGAUGGGACCACUUCGUCACCAACCAAUACGACACGUCAAGAUACGUACCUAGCGCCGAUGGACGGGAUAAUCGCCACAUCCAGUUCGUCAGGGAAUUCGCCAGUGUGGUCUCAGUGCUGCAGGACAAGACGAACAACGUUAUCGACCUAUAUAAGGACAUCCUACGGGCUGUCGAGGAUCUUGCGACAUGUUCGUACACGCCUGAAGCAUUCUCCGAACUCUUGGGCAAGAUCCAAGCUGCUAUUGACCGUCUGAACCUGGAAGGCUAUGCCAACCUCGACUACUGGGUGGCCGAACUGGACAAACGAAUCGAGGGUAUCCUCCUGCAAAGACUGACGCACAUAAUCCAAGCGUGGUGCUCCGAGUUCGAUCGGACAGACGAUGGCGAUACCAGGAGGGAUGUUGCGCCGCUCAGAGAUAUCACAAAUAAGCGGAGAGGAGAUAAGAGGAUUAAGGAGGAGAAGUUCAUGGAGGGCCAUAUGACGCUCAAGCCCAUCGUCCACGAAAUCCGGAUACAAAAUCAAGUCAUCUUCCUGGACCCACCUAUAGAAUAUGCGCGAGCAACUUGGAUCAAGCAGCUGCAUGACUGGCUUGGGGUUGUUUGUCGGCUACGGCGAAUCCAGAGCUCGCGGUAUGAGAUUGGGUUGCAGAUGCAGGGUUCUUCGGCGGUGGAGACGACGUAUACUUCCCUACUAACGAAAUUCGCCGACAACAGCACCCUCGAGCGACCAUUCGCUCUAAUCGAGACCAAGGUCCAACACCUGAAAGACUACGUCGGAAAAUGGCUGCAAUUCCAAUCGCUAUGGGAUCUCGAAGCCGAAUACGUGUUCAACCGCCUCGGCGACUCGCUCGCCAACUGGCAGCAGCUGCUGACCGAGAUCAAGAAGGCCCGGUCGACGUUCGACACCUCGGACACGCAGAAGUCGUUCGGCGUGUGCGUCAUUGACUACGAGCAGGUGCAGGCGAGGGUGAACGCCAAGUACGAUGCGUGGCAGAGGGAUAUCCUGAGCAGGUUCGGAGUGAAGCUGGGCAAUGCGAUGAAGGAGAUGCAUGCGUCGAUCCUUAAGGCGAGGAAUGAUCUCGAGCAUCAUUCGAUAGAAGGCUUGGUUGGUGGCGGCGGUCGACGUUUCUGA